AUUAUUUUUGCCGUCGCACAUUUGCUCCUCAAAACCUCGCUUCAUCCAGAAGAGCCGAAAGGACAGCCAUUUUUGCGACAAGAUAGAAACAACUGCCAACCAAAGUGCUCAUUGCCUUGGCUUCCCUGCUUUGUGUGUGUCAAUGCCAUGACAUGUGCGGCAUCCUAUUGACUGUGUCUCUCGUGGAGAAUGGAGAAUCAGUCGGAGAAGGAAAUGCCAGUGACAGCAACAGCCACGACGAGAAUCUGUGUCGAAGAGGUCCCGACCAUGUGAAGUCGGUGGUGGUCCACUGUCCCAAACAGCUUUUGCGAGUGGAGCUCCAAGCAUCCGUGUUGAAAAUGAGAUCCCACUCCACUCUGCAACCAGUCGCCAUUCCAUUGGCUGCAAAAUCGCAAAACGAAGCGUUGCAUCUUGCUUGGAAUGGCGAAGUCUAUCAAAGGAUCCCUCAUGACAACAACAAUGAUAGCAAUAGUGAUGAAACAAUGGAGACUGUGGCAGACUAUGACGUUGACGACACCCAAUUGGUGGCAGAGUGCGUGCGACAACUACAAGCCCACUCUGUGUUGGAUGCUUCAUCAAGCUCUCCUUCUACUGAUAGUCUCCAGGACUACGCCUCUUUGCUGGCUGGUGUCUUUGGACGGUUGGUCAAUGCCGAAUACGCCUUUUGCCUACUGACGCCCUGGGCCAUUUAUUAUGCCAGAGAUCCGUGGGGACGACGCUCUUUGCUCCUUUCUUCAUCUACUUCUCAGACAAAUUGGAAACUUGCUUCCGUCAAAGAAUCAGACGACAACUUGACAUGGACAGAAGUCACACCAGGAAUCCUUCAUGAAUAUCGAUUCCAGGACGGAAAAUUUCACACAACCCCCAUUGUCGUCCAACAAACCAUACCACAACAAUUAUUGGCCAUACAAGAGACAUCCAUACCGGAACAUCUAAAUGUCACUCCAUCCAUGUGGAAGGCGAGUUUGGCAUUGGAGCACUACUUGCGAGAAGCAGUCCGACUUCGUGUUUCGGGCAGCAGCCAGAACCGUCCAUCGGUGGCCGUACUAUUCUCGGGUGGAGUCGAUUCGGUCGUAUUGGCGGCACUCACUCUACAAAUUCUACCCACGGAUCAACCGUUAAGGUUGUGGAAUGUCUCGUUUGUCAACAACAAAGAACAGCAACAACAAGCUACUCCCUCUACGGCACAAGAUUGUCGUGCCGCAUUGGCAUCCUACAAAGAGCUCCAGCAGUUGUUUCCACAUCAUACUGCCGUGAGUUUGGAAACCACCCAAGUGACAUGGGAUGAAAUGACAAAGUGGGAACCACAUGUGCGCACGUUGAUUCACCCAAAGACCACACUCAUGGACUUGAAUAUCGCCAUGGCAUUGUGGUUUGCCAGUCGUGGGGGACAACACGCGGAUAGUGAUGACCCAAAGAUAUUACUGGUGGGAAUGGGGGCCGACGAACAAUUGGGAGGAUAUGGGAGGCAUCGAAAAGCCUUUGAACAAGCCAUGAACCAAAACAACAAUCCAGAACUGGCAUUUGCGAGCCUGCUACAAGAGCUCACAUUGGACAUGGAUCGUCUAUGGGAACGUAAUCUUGGACGGGACGAUCGCAUCUUUAGUGAUCACGGCAAGGAAGCGAGGUUUCCCUAUCUGGACUAUUCCGUCAUGAACUUUGUAAAGCAAACUCCUCUGGAGGAUGUGUGCGAUUUUAGCCUUCCGCCAGGACAAGGGGACAAACGGAUACUGCGACUGGUGGCAAUGCGGUUGGGAUUGCAAACAGCCUCGGGGAUGGUCAAGAGAGCCAUUCAAUUUGGCAGUCGUAUUGCUCAUGUGAGUGAUAAGAAACGCUUUGGUAGUCGGCGCAAAGCGCAAGGGACGGCCGUGGCAUGAGUUUAUUACUGCCCAACUAACUUGCGAGAGGUCACCUGGCUAGCUGGCAGCACUCGAUACGGUUAUGCAAACCAAGCUUAUAAAAGUUUACUAUUGAGCGGACACUCGGAGCUCCUUGUGCUGCAUAGCCAAUGCAUCGUCAAACCUCGAACGGCCACGAAGAGAAUUGCUCAUGUUCAAGCAACUAGAAUCUUUCAUUUCCCGGACCGAAACGCAUGUCGACUGGUAGUCUCCUCCAUGACGUUCCAAUAUCGAAUCCGCCACAUCGAAUCCUCCCCAGUCAAUCCAAUGCUCCACGGACCGUUUCAAGUAGAGCUCUCUCAAGUGUAUUCGCACCUUGUGCGUGUCGCAAAACUGGAAACAAAGAUAAUUUGCCAGAGCCGCGUCCUGCAGGAAGCCUGCUCGUGUGGCACUCACAAUGGCAGAGUCGUACAUUGCCAUGACUGCGUCCACCUCCUUGGGCUUGUUUGGGUUGACAUCAACUGUCAUCAGUUCGGCUUGAAGCAACUGAAGUUUAUGAAGAAGAUUGAUGGCGCCCUUCUUGACCAGCUUUUUGAAGUGCUUCACUUGCUUCUCUGCCUCUUGUCGUCCCUUGCGCGUUGGAGACUUGCGGCAAUUGGCAAUGGCAAUAAGGGCCACGUGGUAAAGCCGAGAUGCAUACCAAAAGGAAGCUCCCAUGAUGCCGGGUUUGCAGUCGGCCAGCUUCUCUGACAUUUCUGUUGCCUUCUCCAGAUCGCCCCUGUAGUAGGAUAUGAUCAUCUGAAAGGAAUGGAUGGAUUGAACACCGCACUUUUUGUGUGCCGGGAAGGCUUUGCGACGCUCCAUCACAGUACCCGUUUCCAUGGUGCUUGGAUCUGCCGACUUUCCCGUCAAGUUUAGCAGACAUUGCCAAAGCGGUGAUGCAAGCAAGAAGAACAUGAUCUGGUUGUAUUCCAGAUAGAGCUUGCCGAACAGUUCCAUGUCUUGCAGCAGUGGACCCAGGGGGAGACCAGAAUAGAAGUAGUUGACUGCAUAACCCACAGUGGACUGGAAGGCGUUACUCACAUUCCCCGAUUUCAUGGAGAGCUGGUUGCACUCAAUGAACUUUUCCAAGGAAUAAUGCACAGGCUCUUUCCACCAUUUGUUGAGAUGACCAAGGUAGCACAGCACUGUGCCAUAAUUUGGGUCGACUCCCCCUUGCUUCGCAAUGACCUUUUCAGCAAGUCGGCCCAGACGAUAUCCUUCCUCAAUGUCUUGGUUUUGACUGAUGAUGCACGUAGCGGCCAUGACAAAGAAAUGUGGUGCCAGAGACUUUGACAAGCCAUGCUUGAGCGUGAUGCUGACCAUGCGACAAGUGAGUCCGUCAUUGGCGGGAGCUUGAGAAUCUUUUCAUCGGACAAUCGCUUGGCAUGAAACCUCAUCUUUCUGUACUCCCACUCUACCUUGACUUUGCUUGGGUUCUCCUCGACGUUUUCUCCCAACUGUUGCAG